GGAGCGACGCUUUGGAGACAACCCCCUACGUGCCGACUCGGAAGCCGGCUCCCCGGACAUUUCUCUAAAUCCACAACAUGGAUGAGUAUGAAGUGAUUAAAAUGAUUGGAGAAGGAUCUUUUGGCAAAGUAUUCUUGGCUAAAGGAAAGGAUAACAAUCAACCAUGUGUUAUCAAGGAGGUCAAUUUAACAAAGAUGCCAAGAAAAGAAAAAGAAUCCUCUCAGAAAGAAGUUGCUGUUUUGUCCAAGAUGAAGCACCCUAAUAUAGUAGCUUUCUACACUGCCUUUCAAGAGAAAAAUAAGUUAUAUAUUAUUAUGGAAUAUUGUGAUGGAGGUGACCUUAUGAAGAGGAUAAUUUUGCAGCGUGGAGUGUUAUUUGAUGAGGACAAGAUCUUGAGUUGGUUUGUGCAAAUCUCCUUAGGACUGAAGCAUAUACAUGACAGGAAGAUUCUGCACAGAGAUGUAAAAGCACAGAACAUUUUUCUCAGCAAUAAUGGAGUGAUAGCAAAACUUGGAGACUUUGGGAUUGCGAGAAUGCUGAGCAAUACUAUGGAAUUUGCUCGGACCUGUGUAGGAACACCAUAUUACUUGUCACCUGAAAUCUGUGAGAACAAGCCGUAUAACAACAAAACAGAUAUAUGGUCCCUUGGCUGUGUAUUAUAUGAACUCUGUACUUUAAAGCACCCUUUUGAAGGCAAGAAUUUGCCUCAACUUGUGCUGAAGAUCUGCAGAGGCUAUUUCACACCAGUAUCUAUGAAGUAUUCAUAUGAACUAAGAACAUUAGUAUCCCAGCUCUUUAAAACAUCUCCAAGAGAUCGCCCUUCUAUCAACUCCAUUUUGAAAAAGCCCUUUUUGGAGAAGCAAAUAAAGAAUUUUCUGCCCCCUGAGAUCAUGGAGGAAGAAUUCAGCCACACCGUCAUUCACAGAAAACGGUCACUAGAUUCACUGCCAUCAGGAGCUCCUGAAGUUCAGAAAUCAAGAAUCCAUGAUCGUCAUUCACCCAAAAUCAAGCUGGAGAUGCUUCCCAGAAAACAAGAAAUAAUGUAUGAAAAUGAAUGGAAAGCUCCUUCAAGGCCCCAGGAUCCUAUUAAUCAGCCCUGGGGUCCUCGGUUGAAGAUGUGUGGGAAAUCAGAAGCUGCCAGAAUGAGGGGGCACUAUGGCCAUUAUUAUAUGAAACUUGAAGACUUGCAGAAAAGGCCCUUUGAGCAGGGUGAUGAUCCUUGUAUCAGCGAAAGAUUGGAAGAGUAUUAUAAGCAGAAAGGACAAAAACCACCACCACCACCACCUCACUGGCCUGCAGAAUAUCUUCAGAGACGAUACAAUGCGCAGCAAUACAAGAUAAAAGUAGAGAAGCAACUUGGAUUGCGCCCAUCUUCUGCUGACAGGCAGUAUUUUCAAAUGCAGAAUCAGGAGAUGAAGGAAGAGCAGUUGAGAGCCUUUGCUCAAAAAAAUAAAAUGAAAGAACAGGAGUACCUGAAACAGCUGCAGAAGAUUCGUCAGCAGUACCACAGUGAAGUAAAUGAAAUUAGACGUAAAGCAGAAUCUCUAGAGGAGAAUAAAAAUAUAAAGGACAAGACAUAUAUUGUGAAACAGAGGAAGACUGAGAACCAACCUACUCAUAAUUAUAUUAUUCCUGGAGGACAAGAUGAACCAGUUCAGGAUCUUGAGCAAAACCUGAAACAAAUUGGAGUACAUAACUGGCAGGAGGAAAAUUUCCUUGAAAGAAAACACAAAGCAAAGGGAGGUGUAAAGUUUCAGAUUGAUCUGAAAGAUGGUGUUUCAGAUUUCCAGAAAGAUAAAGAGGAAUGUGAUAAACUUAAUGAAGCCCUAACUUUUGAAGAUGGAGAAAACCUUAAGAAAAAACUGACAAACAUCUGUGAUGAUCAUAUAGACAAAGCACUGCUAGAAUUACAGUGUUGGGAAACAGGUGGUGACAAUGAAGAUGAUGCCAUAAUAAACAGAAAACACUGGCAAACAUCAGUCCCACAGACUCUUCUGAAUCUUCUAGAAAAUGCAGAUAUUUCCUCUACAUCCACUACCAUGGAUGAAGCAGUGGGCCAGGUUAGCUUGAUGCCUCCAGAAUUCCCUGAAAACAGGAGAAAAUGGAGCCAAGAAUCACCUGGGACACUGAUGAACAUGCUAGCUGAAGCAGAAUGCUCCAGUGACACUUUGUGCCAAGCCGAAGAACACAAGGAGACAGUAACCCCAUGCACUCCAAAAAAUGAUGAAGCUGAUUCAGAAGCGAGUUCUGAAUCAGAAGUGGAUGCUGCUGUUGAAGUGGAUGAAGAAAGGCUUGAUCCAAGAUCUGAUGACGAUGAUACUAACUUUGAAGAAUCUGAGGAUGAAUUGAGGGAUGAACUGGUAGAAUCCCUGGAAAAAGUAGUAACAUCUCUUCAAGAGGAGAUUAUAAAAGCCCCAACUGAAACAGAAGACACAGAUGAACUGAAAAAAGAAGCAGUAUCCAAUGGUAACCUUAAAUCCAUUGGAAGUUUGGAAGAGGAUAUUAACCUGACUACAGACAAACAGGAAGGAACAAUCAGUUAACACUCUCUUGGGGAAUAGUUCCUUAAGAAUGACUGGUAGCUAGUGGAAUGUGUUUUAAGAAAUGGUUAUCUCUUUCUAGGCUUAUCAACAACUAUUUGGGACCAUAAUCAGAGGUGAGAGGUACGGUCUAGGUAGUGCAAGGCAGUUCAGUUUAACUAACUUUACAUGACUGGUUCCCUGCCUUCCUGCAUUUUGACAUUAUCCCCAGAGCCUUUACAACAUUUAGUUCCUCAUUCUCCAGUUGUGUAUUAUAAUGUUACUUAGAUAUAAAAACAUCAUUAGGGAUUUGCAGCCCAGAACAAGUCGACGUCUUGAUAUGGAAGCACUUUAUUAAUCUUUCCUCCACAAGUCUUACUCAGCUAGAGACCUUGCAGCAUAACCUAUAGAAUAGAGUGGUGUUUUUUUUAAGGGAAUGUCACCAUGGCUAUUUCCCUUGCAUGCUUCCAAGGGUUGUCUGAUAGUGGAGUAGUCAGUGUGGAAGAACUCUUUCCUCUUUUGAGGAACUACUGCCACUCCCAGGUACCAUGGCUUGCAGUUCAGGAUUAUAGGGUGUGUGGUCUAGCAACAGUUAAGGAAGGCUGGUGUUUGUUUAGAGCUGUAUGUUUAGAGCUGCUAUAGGUCAGUCAUCAUGACACACACCUUGUGUGAUUUAUUAUGCUGAUGCCUUACCAGAUUUAACCAGCAGGAUAAGAAAUCUUUAUUGAGGCUGUUCUACUGUAGACUGCCUUGGGGGAUAGGUGAUCAUUCGUGAUUAAAUACGCCUCCCCAAAAAUGUAAUUGACACUAAACUCCAAGUUAAGGCAGCUGUGGGGAACCUCUAGCCCUCCAGAUGCUGCUGAACUACAACUCCCAUCUUCUCUGGCCAUGGCCAAAGGUUACCCACCUAGCUUUUAUCUAAUGUGAGGGUUUUCUGUAUAGAGAAUUCAGUUUUGUGAGCUUCUUUCCCCAUACUGAAGUAGAGCCUAGACUAUAUAUAUAUAUAAUUUUGACUUUCCAGGAUCAUUUUCAUUGUACACUACUUCAGAAAGCAUACAAUUCUGGUUGAUGUUCAGAAUCAAUUGAGUCCUCCAAGGACAGCCUUUUCAUGACUCUGUAUUUAUUAUGCCAAGCAGAUCAUUGAAAUGGGAGGAAACUUUUUAGAAAUUCACUCUUCAAUUUCAUAUGUAGUUUUAUGUUGAUAAGUUAUGGGAAAAAUAAUCUGGGACAAAUGUAGAUUCAACACUUGAUGCCACAAAUUCAUUUUAAGAUUAAACAGCUUGCUCUUUUAAGAAGCUAGGACUGAGUUGCCACCACUGGAAGCUGCUGUGUAUAUUUUGUAAUAUGAUUAUUAAGCCCAGCUAUUAAAUCCUUAAGCAUAUUAUGUAUCGUUUCAUAUCUGCUUGUGUCUAUGUGUAAGUUUGGGAGCAUACUCUGUCAGACUGUCAUACAGGAAUAAGAUACCUUUUAUUGUACAAUAGAAAUACAGCAACUGUAUAUACAUAAUGACUUAUGUCCAGGUAUCUAUUUACAAAAUUUUAUUUAAAUAAUUGUUCCACAGAUAA